AUGGCCAAUUUCAAAAAUGCAUUUAGCGUUAAACAGCCAGAUAUUCAUGUUGUUAUAGGUCCUCCUAGUACUGGUAAAACUGCUUUGAUUAGACAAGUUGUACAAUCAUCUAAAUGUCUUUUUAAACCUAUAUUUAUUAACUUGCGUAAUGGACAAUUUGAUACACCACAAAGAGUAUAUGAUUCAAUUUAUUCACAAUUUAACCCAUUUUUCAAUAAAUAUAAGAGUUUAUUGAAGAAUAAUUUUGUAAAAAAAUUGUAUCUUGAAUAUACUGAUUUCAAUUUACUAAAUAGAUUUAAUAAUAGAUAUAGAGAAAAAACUUCUGAUGAUGUUAGAAUAUUACUUGAAAAAAUUAGUGAUUAUCUUCCAAAUUGGAGCUUUUGGCAUAAUUAUCAAAUACCUUCACCUAUUUUAAUCAUUGAUGAAGCAAACUUACUUAAUCAACUUGAACAUAAAGAUAAAUCUCUUCUUAAGUUAAUUUUAAACUGGUUUGUACUAAAUUCAAAAGAAAGGGAACGCUUUCAUAUAGUACUUACUUCUUCUGAUUCAUUUUUUUUUACCUGGCUUACAGAAUGUUUAAAUACCCUACAUGUAAAGCCAUAUAUUAUUGGAGAUUUAACUAAUCAAGAAGCUGAAGAAUAUUUUGAAAAGCAUGCUCUUCCUCAAUAUGGAUGUAAAGAACUUUCUGGCAAAUUUAAUCAAAUUUGCAAAAUAACAGCAAAUAGAUUUUCAGUUUAUGAAUCAGAAUAUAAUAAGUUAAAUCAUGGUCUUUAUCCAGAUAGCUAUAAUUUCAGAUUUUUAGAUAAGCUCAAUCCACCACUUUGGAAUGAUGUUGAUUUAAUCAAAGUUAUGAAUGCAAUAGUAAAGGCAGAGAAUCAGGGAUAUAUUUUUGAAAAUGACUUAAUUAAAGAAAUUGGUGCUGAAAAAGUCUAUUCACUUAUAGAUUAUAAUUUUUUGCAUCGCCGACUAACAACACGAUUUACUUAUGAUAUUAUUGAUCCACCAAAUAAAAUAAUUCUGACUGCAAUGAAUCAGCCAUCAGUAUGUGCAAUGAAGCAAGUCUUAUCUGAAAUUGUAGAGAAAAAAUAA